AUGUUAUUGGGCAUUGUUGGAUGUAUGGGUGCUUGGUUUGAAAAACGCGCAUUACUAUUUAUUUACAUCAUAACAAUGGUUAUAAUCUUUGUUGGAUUAUUAUUUGGUGUUGUAUUUAUUAUUGCUUUGAAUGAACGAGUUGCAAUGUCUACGCACGAGAAAUUAUUGAAUAAUAUACGUCAAUAUCCAGAUAAAGAAAAUGAAUUUUAUAAAAAAAUGACUAUCAUUCAAAGACGACUUCAUUGUUGUGGUAUUGAUGAGUAUCGCGAUUGGUCUAAUGGUGAUGUUUGGUCAGAUCAUUCUUAUAUACCUGAUUCAUGUUGUAUUGAAGAAAAAUUUGGUUGUGGAAAACAUAUGAAAUUAAAUGAAACUCAAGGAUUGAUCUAUACAGAUGGUUGUUUUAAUAUGAUUCAAAAGGAAAUUAAUCGAAAUUUAAUGAUCGUUGGUAUUCUUGCCUUUGUUCUUGUUUUUGUUGAGGGUUUUUGUAUUGUGGUUGCACUUGGUUUACUUUGCUAUCUUCGACAACGUGAUAGUUAUAUAUAA